UUUUGUGUUUUUUUGUUCCGUUACUUUUUUCCUGUCACACACGCACGCGCGUUUGGCCGAUGAUGAUGAUGAUGAUGAUGAUGAUGAUGAUGAUGACGACGACGCCAAUGACGAACGCGGGCACGAGGACGCCGCGGAUGACUGACGCGCGAGCCGCUCUGAUCCGCGCCGCGCCGCGCGCUCCUGUGGCAUGCGGUCUCCAUGGAGACGGCUUUAGUUGGUGCAGUGCGUUUGAAGCGAGUGGGCUGUUGCUGUUGCUGCUGCUGCUGCUGCUGCUACUGCUAGGAGCUCAGCGCCGAUUUUCACUGCUACAAAAAAACAACAACGGCUUCUGUCUCUUUUUUUAGACCGGAAACGUUAGAUUAGUGUCGUGUCAUUUAUAUGUAUACGUUAGAUCGGGGCUGUCGGUUGUGCGUGACGCUUUAGACCCAGUUAAUAGAGCAGCAGCGCUUUAUCUCUCGGUUACAUACUGUACAGGUUAGUAUUACUAGCUGAGUGAGCUAACUAGUUAGCAAGCUAGUUAUCUGUUACAUCUUAAUCCGUGACUUAGUGAGAUUGUCGACUUUACAUUUCCGACAUUAGACAAGGAUAAACAUAAGGAUUUUCCGCCUAAUCCACAGCUGGUGCAAUGGAACAGCAGCCUCGUAUCAUCCAUCUAAAGUUCAAUCAUCUACUCAUAAUUCGCUCAUCUGAAGGAAUUCUUGUUCCAGGCUUGAGAUAUGACUGUGAAGCUAAUGAUUAGGUUCUUAUGGGUGUUUUUCUUUUUCUUUUCUGGAGUACCCCAACACCACCCAAGGAGCAUGAUUCUGAACUUCUGAUUCUGUUCCUUGGUGAAGCUGAAGGAGUUUACAUUGUUGGCUGUGGGAGAAAGAGAAAUUAUCAUCAGACUUGAGGAACACAGAGAAGAUGCCUGAGGUGUAAGAAGGAGACAAGGAGACAUUAAAAGCAGAGCAGAUGUUCAUCAGCAAGAUGACCCUGAGUCAGUCCGGUAUGUUUGGACAGAUCGAUGACCUACAGGACCUGACGUUUAUCGAGAGACCUAUACGCAGGAGUCUAAAGACUGCAGAAGAGAUCGAGAAGUUAACUGUAGAUGAAGAUCUGAAUGACAUCGAGCGAGCAGUCUACCUCCUCAGCGCCGGGCAGGACGUCCAGCGAGCCAGCGUGAUCGUGAACCUGCCAAACCUGGUGCGUCAGAACCCAGCCGAGACGUUCAGAAGAGUGGUGCCAAAAGUCAGGGAAGUGUUGCACGUAGCCGGGGCGGACAUGCAGCUCGCCGCAGCAGGCUCUUUCCUCACCGUCCUUCAGGACGACAUCGUCCUCAUCCAGACGCACACACACUCGAUCCUACAGAUCGUCCUCCUCAACUUAGACCAUCGGGACACAGUGGUCAGCAGCGCUUGGCUCGAGACUUUGUUAUCAGCUAUCGACGCUUUACCGAAGGAAACCAUCAGACAGGAAAUUCUGAGCCCACUGGUUUCCAAAGCUCAGCUCUCGCAGUCUUUACCGACUCGUCUGGCCAGCUGUCGCAUCCUGGGGAAGGUGGCUGCCAAAUUUGAGUCAUCAGUGGUGAAGAAGGACCUGCUGCCUCUGGUCAGGUCGUUGUGUCAGGACGUGGAGUACGAGGUGCGCUCCUGCAUGUGUCACCAGCUGGAGAACAUCGCCAGGGGAAUUGGACCGGAACAUACGAAGGUCGUGGUGCUGCCGGAGCUGGUGGAGCUGGCACGUGAUGAGGGCAGCACUGUGAGACUGGCAGCCUUCGACACCAUCAUCAACCUCCUGGAGAUGUUCGACAACGACGACAAGACACGUGUCGUGUUCCCACUGGUGAAGACGUUCUGUGAGAAGUGCUUUAAAGCUGAUGAGGCAGUGCUGGCAUCACUGUCGUUUCAGUACGGCAAACUGUGUCACGGCCUCUCAGCAUCUUUUACAGACGAGCAGCACCUCUGGUUCCUGGAGUUCUAUAAGAAAUUGUGCUGCCUCGGACUUCAGCAUGAGAACGGCCACUGUGAGAGCCAACCUUACCCUCUCGAGCUAGAGAACAAGUACGCGCUGGUGCGCCGGAACUGCGCCUACAAUUUCCCGGCCAUGGUGUUAUUUGCUGAUCCGAACCACUUUCUGUCCGAGCUGUACCGGACCUUCUCGAGCCUGUGCCACGAUCCUGAGAUCUCGGUGCGGCGCACGGCUGCCGAGGGGUUCCAUGAGGUGGUUAAACUGCUUGGUCCGAAUGUGCAUUAUGUACACAAAGAACUGAUCACCUUACUGCAGGAUGACUCAUUAGAGGUACUGGAUGCUCUACUCAAUCAUCUCCAGGAGACAUUAGAGCUGGCAACAUCUAGGGGAGAGGGAGCAGGACCUGAGAGCAAGCAGGUGACCAUUCCUGAUCUAGUUCCUGCUCUGGUGAGCGCUGAGCAGAAGGCAGCAUCCUCACUGCGCUGGCGUGUCCAUGAGAAGCUGCUGCAGCGUUACUCCUGUCUGCCUCGUGUCAUCUCCGGAGACCAUAUCUACUUCCGCUUCCUGCAGAGGAUGUUCAGCAUCGUCACCACCAAUAAUGUUUUACCGGUGCAGAAGGAAGCCGCCCGCACGCUGUGUGUGUUUCUGCGCUAUAAUCGCAAGCAGGAGCAGAGACAAGAGAUCAUCAGCAAAAUAAUGCAGGAGCUUGCUCAAGGGCGGAGCUACUGGAACCGUUUACGUUUUCUGGACCUGUGUGACAUCGCUAUAGACCUCUUCUCUAAAUCCUACUUCUGUAAGCACUUCCUCCUGCAGGCACUGGAGCUCAUCACCGACCCCGUGGCUAACGUCAGGUAUAAACUGUGCUACAUGCUGCCCAGGCUCAGGUCUACCAUCCGGCUCCCUGCAGAUAAACAGCUGCUUCAGCAGCUGGAGUUCUGUGUGAGAAAACUGCUCUGUCGUGAGAAGGACAAAGACGUUGUAGCUACCUUGCGCAAGACAGUUCUGGAGCUGGACAAAAUGGACAUUACGGAACCGUAUCAUAAAAGGCAUGAAAGAGAUCUGUUGGACCAAAAGAAGGAGAAGGAGGAGGCUUUACUGCUGGAAAUGGAACUGUUGGAACGGCAGCAGAGUGAAGCCAAACUGACCGGAGAGAAACACGGUGAAAAAAAGAGACGAGACAGCAAAGCUGGACUGUCUGCUACCAAAGGCAUGUCAGGGUCCACAUCUGGAGCCACUCUGUCCACAUCUGCUGGUAAGGAGAUGCGGAGAGCCAAACUAGCUCGAAGUCGUUCCCUCAGCAGCCACCCGAACACUCCUAAAAUGUCCAACUCUGAUAAAACCCUAAAAGUAAAAGAAUCAGGAAGUUGUCCUGGAUCAGGGAAGAGCUCCAUUAUAACAAUUAAUGAUGACGCCCUGAGACCCCAUCAUUUUGUGGCGUCCUCGUCCACAUCGCUGUCCCAGACUCCCUCCACCUCGUCCAUGCCCGUGUUGAUCCGAAGCAACACAAGCAGCUCCGUAGAGCAUCGCAGCAGCAACAAAGACACACAGUCCAGAAAACUCUCCAUACAAAGGAAAUCCAACUCGUUCGGCAUGCAGUCUGGAAGGGAGUGAUGUACCACUCAGGUGAGGGGACUCUGACACGGAGCCUGAAGAAGAACCAGACGGUAAUACGUUCAUCUUCAGGACGCCUUGUCCAUCCCUCGUUCCUCCUCUGGAGCAGAAGCAGCUGAACUCUCACACGCUCAGGCUGCGGAGGAGGAACCGGAGGCACCAGGAUUCUACUCACAACUAUACAUCAAUCCAUCUCUGCCUUAUUCCACACCAAAACUUGUACCAUUUGUCCAAAAAAAGAGAAAGAGUAAUAGGCGAUCUGACGUAUUUUAUUUAUUGAGUCAUUUAUUUUGAUUUGUUUUUUCUUUUUGUAUUAUAGCAUGCUUUGCAGAAUCUUGUUUUAUAAUAUUUUCCCACGUGCUAGGAUAAAAGUGUGUAUUUUUAUGACUGAGCACCACCUUUAGGAGUUCUGGGACUCUCCAUUUCCACCAGUGAGAUGGUUCCUGGUGCUUUAAAGCACUCGAGUGAUUCACACCAACACAGAACCCAAACAAUAAAGCCCAUGGUGAACACCA